AUGCUCGUAGAGAAAUCAUCAGUUUUAGAAGCACUCUCUGGUAUUCAGUUACCUCGAGCUCAGAAUAUUUGUACCAGAUGUCCGUUUAGAAUUACGUUGUCUGACUCGAACGCUAGAGAAUAUGCAACAGUCCAUCGCAUAGGACAAGAUAAAAUAGAACUAACCGAUUUCAAUGAUAUAAAUAAAUAUGUUAUUAUAUUAACAGAUGAAUUAACUGGUACCGCUUUCAAUGUUGUUUCGACGCCAAUUAUUUUGGAAGUAUUUAAACAUGAUGUGCAUGAUUUAACAUUACAGCUUGUCCAAACGUGA